CAAUCAAACUGCAAAAAAUCACUGUCUACCUCUCCAAAGGGGAUAACUGCACUGAGACCAUAUAAACAUCAAUGGAGAAUGGUAAGCAGCCCCUUCUCUCUCCAGGAGAGGUGGACCAAUCCAUCCAUGAAGACGACGGCGGGCACCUCCUUGAGCAGCCGCACCGUCCCUCCGCUGGCGCCUUCUUCACUCCCGGGAGGGAAGACAUCGGCCCUAUUACCAGUGUCCGGGACUUCUUCCGGGAGUUCUCUGUCGAGACAAAGAAGCUGUGGUACCUCGCCGGCCCUGCCAUAUUCACCUCCCUCUGCCAGUACUCGCUCGGCGCUAUCACGCAACUGUUAGCCGGACAUGUCAGUACCAUUGCUCUUGCUGCCGUCUCGGUUGAGAACUCCGUCAUCGCUGGCUUCUCCUUUGGCAUCAUGCUUGGGAUGGGAAGCGCGCUGGAGACGCUGUGCGGCCAGGCGUUCGGGGCCGGGCAACUUGACAUGCUCGGAAUCUAUAUGCAACGGUCGUGGGUCAUCCUCAACUCCACGGCCCUCGUCCUCAGCCUCCUCUACGUGUUCGCCCAACAGAUCCUGAAGCUGAUAGGGCAGACCGCGCAGAUAUCCGAGGCUGCGGGGGUGUUUGCGAUAUGGAUGAUCCCCCAGCUCUUCGCGUACGCCAUUAACUUCCCGAUCGCAAAGUUCCUGCAGGCACAGAGCAAGAUCAUGGUCAUGGCUGCGAUCUCGGGAGUCGUGCUCGUCCUCCACGCCGUCUUCAGCUGGCUCUUCAUGUUGAAGCUCGGGUGGGGCCUUGUUGGGGCCGCUGUGGUCCUCAAUGCCUCGUGGGUGAUCAUCGUUGUCGCUCAGCUCGUCUAUAUCUUCAGCGGGACUUGCGGCCGUGCCUGGUCCGGCUUCUCUUGGAAGGCCUUCCAGAACCUAUGGGGGUUCGUCCGACUGUCUCUCGCCUCCGCCGUGAUGCUCUGCUUGGAAGUUUGGUAUUUUAUGGCGCUGAUCUUGUUUGCUGGAUAUCUAAAAAACGCAGAAGUUUCUGUCGAUGCUUUGUCCAUUUGCAUGAACAUCUUGGGUUGGACAGUCAUGGUGACUCUUGGCAUGAACGCUGCAAUAAGUGUGAGGGUAUCGAACGAACUCGGGGCGGGUAACCCGAGGACUGCUAUAUUCUCAUUAGGUGUAGCUGUGAUUACAUCAUUUGUGAUUGGAGUCAUCGUCUCGAUUAUCUUGAUAGCAGCAAGGAAUGACUACCCCUCCCUAUUCUCGAGCGACACUUCCGUUGAGGAUCUUGUCAAAAAGCUCACUGCACUGCUCGCCUUCUGCAUAGUCAUGGACAGCAUCCAGCCCGUUCUGUCAGGCGUGGCAGUUGGAGCAGGAUGGCAAGCUGCAGUAGCGUACGUGAACAUCGCAUGCUACUACCUGUUUGGAGUCCCAUUGGGUCUAAUCAUGGGUUACAAGCUCGGCUGGGGAGUCGAGGGGAUAUGGGCGGGAAUGGUAUGUGGGACGAUCUUGCAAACGAUUGUGCUGUUCUUCAUGGUUUACAGAACAAAUUGGAGCAAAGAGGCAUCGAUUGCUGAAGACAGAAUAAGGACAUGGGGAGGCCGAGAAGGUUCUGAAACCAUAGAUCAGAAGAACGAUGUUGAGAAAUGAAAAAAAUGAACCAAAAUAGGCAUCGAAGGAGCUAGAUGGAAAGAAUUUUGGCGAAAGGAUGAUUCACCGAUCGAUUGAUCAAUCAUUUUUAACAAAUCUGAUUCGAGGAUCCUAUGAGCUUUUGCGGGGCCAAUCGACGACUUUGACGACAUGCUCCUUUUAGAAUUGCUAGCAUACAUGAUCGCCAAUGACAUUUCGUAUAAUUCAUGUAACCCUUUUCAAUUUUUCUCUUAUUGAAAAAAAUGAAAUAAAGCAAGCUAAGAUCGAGCACAUAUGGAUUA